UCUUUUGAUUUUGAUUUUGAUUUUGAUUUUUUUUUUUUUUUGAGAUUUGUAGUUGGAAUACUCUCUCGAUACGAAUUGGGUUUUCUCAUCUGAUAUAGAAAAAGGGAUUAGAUUGGUUUUCGGAUCGUUUUCUGAGGCUUUGAUGGGUGGAAUCUGACGCCAUGAGGAAGAAGCUAGAUACCCGUUUUCCGGCCUCUCGGAUUAAAAAGAUUAUGCAAGCAGAUGAUGAUGUUGGGAAGAUUGCAAUGGCGGUGCCUCUUUUAGUAUCUAAGGCAUUGGAAUUGUUUCUGCAAGAUCUCUGCGAUCGGACAUAUGACAUCACUCUCCAAAGAGGAGCAAAGACAAUGAGCUCUUUACAUUUGAAGCAGUGCGUGCAACGAUUUAAUGUAUUUGAUUUCCUAAGGGAAAUUGUGAGCAAAGUUCCAGACUUGGGUGGCUCUGAUGCUGCUGGUGAGGAUAGAUCUGUCACCAGGAGAAGGAAAGCUGUUGGUGAUGAAGACAAUGACAGCGAUGAGGAGUCCAAGAGGAGCAGAAUCCACGAAGCAGGCCACAGCAGCAGUGGCAGAGGGCGGAGGGGCCGAGGAAGAGGCCGUGGGCGAGGUCGGCCGCCAAUUGAAAGAGACAAUGCCCAAUAUGAUAAAUGCGAGGAUGAUCCAGACAUUUCUCCCCAUCACAAUGAAAAACCAAACUCACAUCUUGAGAGGCUAGAUGACGGCAUAGAGGCUAAAGAUUCGAAGGAAAACAUAGUCGCUGCCAGUACGAACGGUAUUGUGCGGAACUUCGAUUUGAACAUAGAAUUGAAUGAGAAUGAGGACACCUCGGCUGCAGCUGCUGCCUCUGUUCCAGGGCCAGAGAUCAAGCACGAGGAGUAUCCAGGUUGGUCACUCACUGACAUGGACAAAAUGGCGAUUGACCCAAUGCAGCUUGCACAACUCAAUGUACGGAUAGAUGAAGAUGAGGACUAUGACGAAGAAGGGUGAAAAUGGGACUGCAGGGCACUCAUGGGGGGCCCGUGCAGAUGUUGGCAACUCCAUCUCGGUAUGGAUGGUUUCUCACUCUUCUUGAGAGAAUUACUAGGAAGAAAUUUAGGAAACACCCACACACAAACACCCGUUUUGGGGAUGAUGAAAUUCUAGAGGGCUGAAUGGAGACUUCAGCUUCUUUAGAAGUUGUAUAAUAUUGUUGCUAUACUCACUAACAAGAGUACUUCUUAUUCUUGUUUUUGAACGACCCUCAAUUUGAGCGGUAUAAAGAUUCAUGGAUAUGUAGAAUAGAUAGUUGCUGCUCGAAGAAUCUCACAUGCUUAUUGAUUUCCUUUUCUUUC